UCUUUUUACUGUUUCCCCAAAAAUUCUUUUGAAAAUCGAAUCGACAAAUUCCUUCCGCCGUCGGAAUGUCAAUUCCCGAUCCCAACUCCUCCGCAUCUCUAACGGUGUCUCCGUCUCUAUCCACCGCAUCGGAAACUCCGGUAACACCAGUAAACACUGUUAGACCACCGCCGUCUCAGCCACCUCCUGCUCCGCCGCCACUACCGCCGCCGACUUACAGACCCAUAGCUCCGCUUCGCCACCCUAAUCCGUUCCAACAACAAUCUGCUUAUAGUAAUAACCUCUACGCACAUUCGAUUCCGGUCAGACGCCAAAUUCAAGAUCCGUCAGCUGUUCUUUACCCGUUUGCUCUACCGGGUCGAGGGUUUUCAGCCCGACCUGUUCGAGGAUUCGUCGCAGAUCCUUCCGUGACGGCUGGUAAUCUGAGUGGGUACCCUCCUCGCCCGAGUUUUACUUACGAUCCUGGACCAUAUGAGCAGCGUCAAAUGGAAUCCUUGUUGCAGCAGUUUAUAAGGGAGAGAAAUCCUCAGAUUCGUCCAUUACCACGCCUUGGAUUGGGUUCUCCUGUUGGGUUGGGUCCCAUUAGAGCAAGUCCUCAAUUUCUGCAACCGCGGCUAAGUAGUGGAAAGAUUAGUGGGGAAAAUGCUCGAGAUGAUCCAAAGUUUCUUGAUUGGAGUCUUAGUAGAACUGAAUCUGACUGUACCGUUGCCCCGCCCCCAACUUCAAUUCUAGACACUAGCAGGAAUAGAAAGGCCAGAAGCAAGGAUGGGGCUCUUGCCGUUGUUAGAGGGAGAAAGGUCCGAAUCACUGAGGGGUCUUCUUCUCUUUAUUCACUUGGUCGAUCGUGGUUGAAAAAUGGUGCUCACGUUGGAAUUCAGCCGCAAAGGAGUGGUAUAAUGAAACCUUUGCCAAAACCGUUACCUGUGGAUUUAACAACAGAGACAAGUGUACCAGAUGAUCCAGAUGAAGAAUCAGCGGAUGAAGACAAAGAGGACGAGGAAGCUGUAAAGCAAUUAUCUGAGAAGGAUCUUUUGAAAAGACACAUCGAGCGAGCUAAGAAAGUCCGUGCACAAUUACGAGAAGAACGGUCGAGGAGGAUCAGGAGGUACAAAGAAAGAAUAACUCUUAUUCUGGCACAAUCCGAAGACCGAUGAUGCUUGAAGAACGACUAAAAAAGGGUAAAGUUUUGUUAGGAAUUAGCUUCAUAUGACUGUUGUUGAUUUAGCAUACUAGUACCACGUAACAACAUACGUGUAGUAAUAGUAUAGGUGUGUUCUUCUUCGUCUUCUAUAGAUUAGUAGGACUACUCAAUGAAUAGUGUUUCAUUCUUCCUAAAACUAAAGAGGAAGAUAAAAUUGUUUCCUUAAAGUCAGCUUUUACUAAUUUGACAAUAAAAAUUUCUUCUCUUA